UGUAUGGUUCAGUUAAGUGACGCUCGAUUCAAGGGGACACGGGACACUGAGGUACCAGUUCCCAGGGGCCUGAGCGUGCGUCUCCCACACGUCACAGGCUCUCCGCCUGCACCGGAGAAGAAGGGCGUGCUGGGGUUCUUCAUGGAUGGGGAGCUGGGACCGGCUCCGAGGGGAGGCCCUGGACUCCUGCAGAUGGAAGCUGCGGCCUCCAGUGCGGCCCGGGAGGAGGAGCGGCCCACAGCAGGCCUGUGAAUGGCCCUGAGCCUUCACCAUCAGACGGAGACCUUGCCUGAGCAGACCCUUUGACGGUGCUGAAUGGGUAGUUGGAGAUGUCUUCACUGCAAGGAAUUCUGGAUGGGUAACAAAAAUCACAUUCGAAUCAAAUUAGCUUUCUGGAAUAGCAAACGGCUUUCCCAAGAGCAGGAGAUGUGCAACAUGCCACCACCCCACAGAGCGUGUAUAUAAGCGCUCCUGAGCGGCAGGGAGACCAGAGCACCAGCCCCUUGCUCGGCGACACGCGUCCUCUCUGACGGCACCAUGGCCACUCAGCUCUGCACCUCGACCUUCUCCACUGGCUCUGGCAGGGGCUUCUGUGGCACGGCAGGCGGCUUCUCCCGGGUGUCCUCCUUCCGCUCUGGGGGCUCCUGCAGGGCCCCGGGCCUGGCUGGUGCUGUGGGGUCCGGCUCCUCCUUGAGGUUGGGCCUCUGUGGCCCUGGGAGCUUCUGGCCUGGCUCCUGCCUGGCUCCCGGGGGCCCCUCUGGCUUCAUGGGGAGCGGGGGCUUGUUCUGCGAGGGCUCCUUCAAUGGCAGCGAGAAGGAGACCAUGCAGUUCCUGAACGAGCGCCUGGCCAGCUACCUGGAGAAGGUGCGGCAGCUGGAGCGGGAGAACGCGGAGCUGGAGGGCCGCAUCCGCGAGUGGUACGAGUGCCAGAUCCCGUACAUCUGCCCCGACUAUCAGGGCUUCUUCAGGACCAUGGAGGAGCUCCAGCAGAAGAUCUUGCUGACCAAGUCUGAGAACGCCAGGCUGGUCCUGCAGAUAGACAACGCCAAGCUGGCUGCAGACGACUUCCGAACCAAGUACGAGGCGGAGCUGUCCCUGCGGCAGCUGGUGGAGGCCGACAUCAACGGCCUGCGCAGGAUCCUGGACGAGCUCACCCUGUGCAAGUCUGACCUGGAGGCGCAGGUGGAGUCGCUGAAGGAGGAGCUGCUCUGCCUCAAGAAGAACCAUGAGGAGGAAGUCAACGCUCUCCGUAGUCAACUCGGGGACCGACUGAACGUGGAGGUGGAUGCUGCCCCUCCGGUGGACCUCAACAAGGUCCUGGAAGACAUGCGUUGCCAGUAUGAGGCGCUGGUGGAGAAUAACCGCAGGGAUGUGGAGACCUGGUUCAACACCCAGACCGAGGAGCUGAACCAGCAGGUGGUGUCGAGCUCCGAGCAGCUGCAGGGCUGCCAGACGGAGAUCAUCGAGCUGAGACGCACGGUCAACGCGCUGGAGAUCGAGCUGCAGGCGCAGCACAGCAUGAGGAACUCCCUGGAGUGCACCCUGGCGGAGACGGAGGCCCGCUACGGCUCCCAGCUGGCCCAGAUGCAGUGCCUGAUCAGCAACGUGGAGUCGCAGCUGGCCGAGAUCCGCUGUGACCUGGAGCGGCAGAAUCAGGAGUACCAGGUGCUGCUGGACACCAAGGCCCGGCUGGAGUCGGAGAUCGCCACCUACCGCCGCCUGCUGGACAGUGAGGACUGCAAGCUUCCUGCCCACCCUUGCUCCACGGAGUGCAAGCCUGCCGUGCGGGGUCCCUGUAUCCCCCCUCGGCCCUGGGCCCCGGUUGUGACCUGCGUGGCUGCGCCCCAGGUCAGCACCUAGACCCGCACCAUCAUGGAGGAGAUCAGAGGCGGGAAGGUCAUCUCCUCCAGGGAGCACCUGGUGCCUGGCCCCGUGUGACCCUGUCGUGGUCACCAGGAGGAGGAUACCCUGAGGCUCCUGGCUGCUAACUGACCCCGCCCUUUCAACCCCCAAGAGGCCUGUGCUUAGCUGGGUUUUCUACCAAAAUUCUUCCUGAGUUGUUUCUGGUCUUAACUGUGCUUUUUAUGCUGUGCAAACCCAGGCUCCCCUGGACAUGUCUCCAAUAAAGUGUGUUCUGCUGGCAAAGCAAGCCGGACCCUGGCUGGUUCCCUCGUGGUUAGUGAGCAGGGUGUUCGCUGGGGUUGCGGUGAAGGUGUGGGGUUGGUUCCAGAAUGUCUUCUCUGGCCCAGAGUGCUAGGAAGAGGAAGGAUGAUUCCAAAUAUUUAAUAG